AUGGCGAGCCAAAGCGAAGGGAUUCAGAAACUUUUGGAAGCAGAAAAAGCUGCUCAAAAGGAGGUUGACGCUGCUAGAAAAGAAAAAGCAAGAAAAUUGAAGCAAGCAAAAGAAGAAGCCAAGGACGAAAUCAAAAAAUUCCAGGCCGACCGAGAUGCUGAAUUCAAGAAAAUCGAAGCUUCAAUUAUGGGCGGCUCGGACAAACUUCAGAGCUUGAUCAACGCGAAAACGAAAAAGGAAAUCGAAGAGAUGAACAAACGAGUUGCUGCGCAGCAGAAAGAGGUGAUUGCUGAUUUGGUCGCGAGCGUCCGAAACAUUCAUCCAGAACUCCCAGUCAAUUUCAAACCUGCCAUCGUUGCUUAA